AAGAGUAUAGAAAUGAAGUUGGCGAAGUAUUAAAAGCUAAUCCUACUGUAGAUGAAACAGUAAAUUUAGCUUUAAAUUGUCCAGAAACUUUAUUGGACUUUUCAGAAUAUCGAGUUAGACCAACUCGAAUAGAUUUAGAGAAUGAAACUGGAACUAUAGACAUUGAUUAUCAUCCUCAAUGGAAUGAGUGUCAAUGUGGUCCACAUACAAAAAUAAAUAAUUGGUGGCUAGUAAAAGAUUUGCAAAGAAAAAGGGGUCCACUACCAAAAUCCAAA